AUGGCUCCCAAGAAGCCCGUGAAGAAAGCUGCCAAGGCGGCAGCUGGCAAGGCGAAGGCAAAAGCUGAGGACAGCCUGGCUACGGCCGAGCCAUCACACCCUGAGGACGCCAAGGCGGCACUCUCUGCGGUACAGCAGGCUGUGGACUACUUGAAGAAGAAGAAGCUAUGGCAGUCCCUCAAGCCCACCAAGAUGAGCCAGGUGCGACCUUGGCCCGAGGGGUUUACGGGCGCAAUGGUUGCCACCUUCUCCGGCACGGUGGCUGACGUCAACUUCGACAACCUUGAACUUGCGUCCGAGGUACAACUGCGGGAGAGCGCGUUCUACUGGUUCGGCGAGGACAGAGAACAACCUCAGGCCCUGUUCGUCUCCGCAGCGGUCCACAGCGAAACGCAGAGGGGCGACUUGACUCUGACCGAGGACCACGCCAAACUGGCAGGACUGGUGCUCCUCUGGUCUGAGUCCGAGCGUGCGUCCGAUGAGAAACGCUCCGCAGCUCUGAGAAAGAUAUGCUCGAGCAUCGUCUUCGGCGUCUCCCGAGUGCAGGCUUCGGACAUCACGAGCCACAAAGCAGUGCUGAACACCAUCCAGCAAGGCGAGGACGCGUACAAGACUGCGUCCGAGGCAGCGAACUCGUUGCCGUUUGUCUUGGGUGCGAGGCUUACAAGGCUUCAGAUGGCACUGUUCAAGGAGAACUCGGAGCAAGCCAAACAGAGGGACGUCUUCAACGCGCUUCAGACAAUUCAGUGGUCGUCCGAGGAAGCAAAGGUAGAAAAUGAAGACAAAGUUGAGAAGCUUCUGACCCUGCACAAGAAGAGCGUCGCGGCCGGACUUCACGUCGCCCUCCAGAGCACUCAGAUCGUCAGGGGGGUCAGAACGUGGCUCUCCAAGUGGGGGGUCGUGACACGAGUGGCGACGGCACUGAAGACAACAGAGGAGUUCAGAUUCGUGAUGUGCUUCUACGUCAAGGCAGGAAUGUUCGUGGCUCCUUAUUAUGCCCUUUUACUUUUGACCCGAUACUUGCAGGAGCUGCGGCCGGACGCUUUGCCCGAGGGAGCCACUGCUGCAAGGAUCAGCUUCCAUUCUGGAUACCCGGACUUGCGCAAGCUGACCCGUGACCAGAUCCUGCAAGCCACAUCAGCCUUGCACAUGCGGUUUGUCACUGUGGAAAAGCUGUGCGACCUCAAGAACCCGUCCGACAGAAGUGAUGUUGCAAACUUCUUGAGUUUGCUGAAGCAGGCCCUGGACCCGUUCAAGUGGGCUACUGCAGAUUGGGCGGCUUUCUCGGCCUUUGCAUCCGAGCCCUUCGUGACGGUGGCGAGCUUCGUGAUGAAGAUCAUGGCUGGCGAGAUGGACAAGACUUUCCAGGAAGCAGCAGGCAGUGCUGAAAAGGAACAGUACCCAGACCUCAUGGCUGCCAUCCGAGAGGUGUCGGACAAGUGGUCCAUGGCCAUGAAUCCUGCGCCCUCUCCGCCACCGGAGCCGCAGGCGGAGACGCCGCCAAGAGCACGCAGUUUCCAGUGCCAGAUGGAGGAGGAGGUCGACACUCCCAGCAAGCUGUCGCCCGAGCAGCUGCGAGAGAGGCAGCUUGCCGCAGCGGUGGAGGCCGGGAACGGAGAGGAAGAGUGCGCAUUCUAUGUCCACUACGUUGUGUCCGACGUCCGGAGCGCCAGUGCGACCACCUUGGUCCGAGCUCUGUCCGAUCAUCGCCUCCUGAGCGGCGACAAUGUGACAGGCGUGACGCUCUGGUACUUCGAUCCGUCCUUGGUUUGUGAGAACCACCCCUAUGCCCGAGUCAGCUCCAAUAUGUACACGAGAACACCUGUGUUCGACAAGUGUGCCCUCUCAACGUUUUUGGAGAGUUACGACCGAGUCGCCAGAGAGGAGGACGUGUACUUGACCCUGGAUGCUGGCGUGCAGAAGGGGUCGCAGGAGAUCAAAAAGGGGGUCUUGAGCGCAGUUCCUCUGCCGAAUCCGGCCGACUUGGUGCAUGGAACUUGGGCCGAGAAGAAGACCGCCAUUCCGGAAAAGCUGGGCAAGAUGGUCCUCACGUCCGAGGGCGCGGAUGGCGAGAAGAUGCCGCUGUUCUUUUUCGAGAAGUCCGAGGCGUUUUACAACAUGGUGCUCCACGCAACUUUUAAUCCAGAUCGUGUGGUCCUGAUGACCCCAGGCGAGGGAACCUUUGUGACCGAGGCAGUACGGCAGAGGACGUCCGUGAUCUGCAUCGUGGCGAACGAACAGCAGAAGGACAUACUCAUGGCCAACAUCAAGAAGCGCCUCCGUGUCCGAGUCGCGAAUGCCAACGACCGCCGCUUCUAUCGCCCACCGAUGACAAUGAGUGUGACGCCGAGUGCGGCUUCGCCCGAGGCCCCGAGCUUGAGGCCGAGCACCCCAGCGGCCCCCGGUGAAGCCCCUGCUACGACAACGCCUACUACUACAACGGCAGUCCCGAAGGCAUCGGCUACAACAGCGGCAGUCCCAGAGGCGAAGGCGAAGGCGAAGAGCACCGUGGAGUCGGACGACGACGGAGACUCAUUGUCUGGCUCGUUGUCGCAGGAGGAGUCCUGA